AUGUCAGUUGUCAAGAAUGGUCCAUUAGGUCAGGCGGAGACAACUUGUGGAUCCCUUCUAAACGAGUUGCAGAUAAUCUGGGAUGAAGUUGGUGAGUCUGAUACCGAUCGUGAUAAGAUGCUAUAUGAACUUGAACAAGAAUGUCUCGAAGUAUACAGAAGAAAGGUGGAUCAGGCAAACCGGAAUAGAGCUCAGCUUAGACAGGCAAUUGCUGACUCUGAAGCUGAGCUUGCCGCAAUAUGUUCUGCAAUGGGAGAGCGACCGGUACACAUUAGACAGGCUGAUCAAAGCACUGGAAGCCUGAAGGCAGAACUUGAAACGAUUCUCCCACAACUUGAGGAGAUGCGCAAACGGAAGAAUGAUCGGCUGAAGCAGGUUCAGGAGGCUUUAGAUACCAUAAGCUCAUUUUGUGUGGUGCUUGGUAUGGAGCUCAAGCAAACAAUUGCUGAGAUUCAUCCAGAAUUUGACUGUGCUGACGUGUCAAAGAGAAUAAGUAAUGAAUCCAUCAAAUCUUUAGCUACUGCAAUUCAAAGAUUGCGAGAGUUGAAAUUACAAAGAAUGCAAAAGCUACAAGAUCUUGCAACUGCUAUGUUGGAGCUUUGGAACUUGAUGGAUACCCCUAUUGAAGAGCAGCAAGCAUUCCAGAAUGUUACAUGCAAUAUAGCUGCUGCGGAACAUGAGAUAACUGAACCAAAUACCCUUUCCAUGGACUUCCUCAAUUUUGUUGCAGCAGAAGUCUCCCGGUUGGAAGAGUUGAAAGUUAGUAAGAUGAGGGAGCUGGUUCUGAAAAAGAGGGCAGAGCUGGAUGAAGUCUGUAAGAAGACCCAUAUGGUCCCCGAAGCAAAUGUAGCGAUAGAUUGUGCCAUCGAAGCCAUAGAGUCUGGACAAGUAGACCCUGGAAGUCUCUUGGAGCAGAUUGAAUUUCAAGUUGCUAAUGUGAAGGAAGAAGCUUUUAGCAGGAAGGAAAUUCUUGACAAGGUUGAGAAAUGGAAAGCUGCGUGUGAGGAGGAAUCCUGGCUUGAGGAAUAUAAUAGGGAUGAUAAUAGAUACAAUGCUGGAAGAGGCACUCAUUUGAUUCUCAAGCGUGCUGAGAAAGCUCGUGCUUUAGUCACCAAAAUUCCAGGCAUGUUGGAGGGUUUGGCUUCUAAAACAAUGGCAUGGGAAAAGGAGAGGGGCAUAGAAUUCUUAUAUGAUGGUAUUCGCCUUCUUUCCAUGCUUGAAGAGUAUAGCAUUCUAAAACAAGAGAAAGAGGAAGAAAAGCGUAGGCAGCGGGAUCAAAAGAAGCUGCAGGGACAACUAAUAGCAGAACAAGAGGCUCUCUAUGGAUCAAAACCAAGUCCGUCCAAGAACCUUAGUUUCAAAAAGGGAUCUAGAGUUUCAACCGGAGGUGCAACCAAUAGAAGACUGUCCGUCGGAGGAGCGAUGCCACAAACUCCAAAACUCGACAAGAUCCUCUCUAGCAGAACAUUGUCUUGCCGGUCUGCCAAGAAGAUCAACAACCACAAUGACUCACUAAGUCAGUAUCAGGAUGAUACGUUCUCUACCUUAUCUGCUGGUAGGAGAGGUCUGGAUAUAGCUGGUCUGCCCAUGAAAGCUCAGUCAUUUGGCACCGCAAACGGCCGAGAACCAGAUUCUGCAAUGCUGCUGCGGAAGCCAUUCUCGCCCAUCUCUUCCACAACAUCAUCCAAAGCUAAUUAUGUAGAAGAGCCAGUCAGAGUAGCCCACGGGGAAAGUGCAUUCAAGAAGAAUGACCAGUUGUUCAUGACUCCUCCAAAGACCACUGCCACCACCGCUGCUUACCUUGCUGAGGAAGAAAACAGAACUCCUAGGCUACUGCCAGUGUCUGCCAUGACACCCUCCACAGUGUCAGUACCGAUGCAGACAGCCAUGACUCCAGCAGCUCCAGUUCAUUUUGGUGGUUUCAAGUCAGCGGGUGAAGAGGCGGUUGCUGAAGAAAUUGAGUACUCAUUUGAAGAGAGAAGAGCUGGGUUUGCUCUUCCUCACACUGCACACGUGAAGUCACUGAUUCAAGUUUGAUGUAAGUUUAGGUGGGCUUUUGAGGUAGUGAAGGCUUCUUUUGGCUUUCAUAGCCUUGCUUGGAGUGCAAGUGAAGAUUGUAAUUGGUUUCUGGAUAGUGUAUAUUAGUCCAUGACAACUGUGGACGAGGACCAGACUCUGUGGGCUGUGGAAAUGCGAGUUUACUUCAAUGCUUGUUGAAUCUGUUGUUUCAAGUAGAGAAUUAAAACAAUAUGGCAAUGGCGGCAUGUUUGUCUGCGGAAGAGAGACAUUUUCAUUGGGCGUUGGGAAGAAAGCGCCAAGGGUGAAAAGGAGUUGCAGAAGAAUGAGAAGAAGAAGAAGAAGAAGACGACGACGAAGGAAAUGGGCUUUGUAUAAAGCGAUUCGUUAAUUAACUUCUCACUCCCAGUCCUCUUCAAGAUUAAGCCUUUU